UAUCGUAUGCUCGUGUCGUUGUUAAGAGUGUCUGUGUAAAAUGAGCGCUUUGUACAUCAAAGUCUGCCAGUCUGUACAUUCGGCACGAAGUCUGUGAGCUUGAAUAGGAGCAUGCGCAGUUGGCAGUCGGUGCCCGUCUCCCCGCCCUGUUGUCACCAAAGCCAGCAGCCGACUGGAAUGUGAACCAAUAUUGCAAACCGUAGGAAAACAGCUUUAUCACAUAGCUUCAUUCACACAUUUAGCAAUCUAAACAUCAUCACACAUACAUAUAACAAGUCAAGUGUCGAUCUGUUUUGUUCUCCAACAUCUAAUAACAACAAUAAUGACAGAAGCAUUAGAAACGGCAGCAAAAGAGAGAUUAUUGAAGACGGGUUUUCGGUUGUGGGUUCUUGGAAACAUUACCAAUUCCUUAGCUGAUUUGGCUAUUAUGAGGGAGUAGAAAAUCGUAAGAAAUUGGAGCUUAUUCUAAAUUUAUUAUAUUCAUCUUAAUUUAGACGUAUUUUCUUUUUUUUCAUAUAUGGGGAAUAUCGAAUAACUCCAAUCUUUGAGUACCAUUAUUACUCGUUGGGUUAUUUCUUAUUUCUAAAGACUGCUAAGAAGAGAGAGACCGAGAUAGAUAAAUAGAAAGACCAACUGAUAUAUACAUAGAUAUAUUUAUAUAGAUUUAGAUUUAGAUAUAAAUUUGUUUCUAUUUUUCCUUUCUUUUCCCUUUUACACUGCCAAACUCAAAACACUGACGUAUAAACAUCCACACGUCUGACAAUGAUUUCGUAAUAGUCUUUAAUACAUUUUCGUAAGAUUUGUGAAGAAAUCCACUGGUUUUAUGUAGCCUCAACCAGCAACCAUCACGGACACACGGCAACAGCAUUCAUCAUCAUCACAAUCAUAAGUAUUAUUACAACCAUCAUCAACGCUGUAAAUGCCAGUAGCUCCAUCAUCAUCGCCGCCACCAAUACGUAACUACAUGCAUACACGGUCCCUAUGUUAACAACAACAACAACGAUUCCAUGUCGAACACUUCCAGCAUAAUAACAACAGCAAUCACGGCCAGAAGCAUCAUAAUCAUCACCAGCAACACCAUCACAACUCCUCCUCUCUACCUUUGUCGCUAGUUUCACGUCUGACAUUUUUGUGUCAGGAGGGAAGAAAAGAAACAGUCAAGAGGAGUGGAUGAGGCCUGUAAGUGGGGGCGCAUGGGCUCAAUCACCACCCCCACUUAUUGCCACCACCACCACCAUCGCCAUCGCCGCCGCCACCACUUCCCACAGCUGUUCGGGCAAAGAGUCGUCGUCGAAAGUGGGAAGGCAGAACAAACUUCCUCCGGUCCAUUUAUCAUCGGAAACCAGUUCCACAUUCUCCAUACAUAACUGUUAGGAUAUUACAGUUUGGAGACGACACUCGACGACCUGUGUGUGUAUGUAUGAGUGAUUGAGUGAGUGUUUAUACUUGUAUAUAUAUACACACGUAACAUACCAAACAGACGGAUAUCUUACCCAUCUUAAACCCUACCUGCUUUUGUUGGCUAGCACUUGCUCCACUCAACAGGCGUCCACUUUACACCAGACCAAAAGCUUGGUCACACAAGCUUAGUCAAAACCCAUCUUAAAAAUAUAAAGGCAUAUAUAUAUAUAUAUAUAUAUAUAUAUAUAUAUAUAUAUAUAUAUAUAUAUAUAUAUAUAUAUAUAUAUAUAUAUUCUACACACAUAUAUAUAUUACGAAAUAACCAUGAAGAAUGAGCGAACGGCCGAGGACUGCGCCCUAAUCCGAAUUUCCUUUGCUCGUUUUGCAGUCACAACUGUGUGUUUACCGUCAAUUUCACUUCUGUUAUGCUUUUUUUCUGGCGUGCUAUUCCAGUUCUAUGAUGUCAACGAGACUGUGUGUAAUGUUACAAACUUCAUACCUUCUAUAAGUGCUGUUACUGGGAUAACCCCUCAGAGAUAUUUAUGGCGGAUAUGUAUUGCGCUGCACUGUACACCCAGGUUUGCUGUUGCCUUCAUGUAUUUCAACAUGUACAAAGGCUUCUUGCAAAGUAUCAAGAAGGAACAUCAAAACUUAUUUCUGACUUUGAUAAAGGUGAACUUUUGGUUGAACAUUAUGGAAAACUCAAGUCUUAUUGGUGUCACAUAUAUUUCUAAUAAAGAAAACUACCCCAUCCAUGAGAAAAUAUUCAUCGUGUUUAUGGCGACCUCCUUAUGUUACAUGUUAUUAAACACUAUCCUGUUCCGCUGGACCAGAGAUAAGGUCACUGAAGCAGAUGAGAAAUCUUUCAAGUGGAAAGUGCUGAUGUUUUGCAGUAUAAUGGUUGCUACUGCUGGUCUCUUGUUUUUCUUUGUGAAGCACCGUUUUCACUGCGAACCUUUAGCCUUCAGUUGGUUCUCUCUGUGUGAGUAUGUGAUUGCCUACACCAAUAUGGGCUUCCAUAUGACUGCCGCUUAUGAUUUCCGAAACGUCACAUUCUAUGCGUGUACGCCAGCCGUCUACAGUACACUGCCCAUCAAUGGAAUGCUUGUAAACAACAACAAAAAACAACGAUAACACUCGUCAUGUAUUCACUUCAAUAUCAACAUCAAAAUACAAAACUGUCAAAGGUCUGGGGAUGGGAUGGGGGCACAGGCAACUUGGAAUCUUGCUAAGGGAUGCUUGUGGGGUUUUUUUUUGUGGGGGUAUGUGUGUGUGAUUCUGUGUGUUUGUAGUUUGUUUUUUCUUUAUUAAUUUUACCAUGUUUUUUCUUCUUCUUUCUCCACAAGAUUCUAAAUGAAAGUUCAGUUUCACUCUUUUAUACACAAUUAAUACAAACACGUAUUUGCACACACACACAUUCAGUUCUUCUAACCCAUGAAACCAAACAAAUAUAUAUAUAUAUAUGUUUGUACACACACCUAUUCAAAGACACAGAGCUGCUAUUUAUAAUUUUGUUCUAAACUCAUUUUCUUUUCUUUUUUUUUUUUUUUUUAUACCCCACAACAAAUACCCAAAGCAAGAAAAAAAAAUGCUUAUUUAAACUAUCCAAAAGCAUUUCUGUACAAAACAAGUUUGUGUCUUAUUGGGCAAUGUUUUCUUUGAAAAUAUAUAUCUAUCUCAUCAUAGAUAUAUCUCACCAUGGAUAUAUCCGUCUUAGAAGGGCACAACCAAAGAUAUUCUAUGCAAGUUGUAUUAUUUUUGAAUGUCUGAAAUAACAGCUUUUUUCCUAAAUUUCAUUACAGAAUUUUCAUACAAAACAUUUUGCAGCUAAUUGAUUACAGUGAUGCUGGCAACAACAACAACAGCAAUAAUAAUAAUAAUAAUAAUGAUAGUGAUAAUAAUAAUAAUGAUAGCAUGUGUUUUAGUGAAAUUACCAAAUGGAUGUGGUAUUUAAGUGAAGCUUCAGUUUGUAGGUUGUUACUUAGAGUUUUAUUGUUCAGUAAUCUAUCCUACAGCCUGUGUUAUUCUUACAAAUUAUACACUUGUUAGGUGACAGGUUACCAAAUAUUAAACUCAAGAGUAGCACAAGAGUAAAGCUACAGAUUCAUGUGUUUUAUAUAUAUAUAUAUAUAUAUAUACACACAUAGACAGAUAGACAUACAUAUACAUAUAUACAAGUAUACACUGCAUCAAUACUUAUGAUAUCCAGUUGCUUUCUCAGUUAAUAUCUUCUGUAGACAUAAUCAGAAACCUUAUUGCAAGGUGUUUGACAAUUGGUUUCCAAGUUGGCACCUUCAUAUCGCAUCACUGGCUCUUACGCUGUGACUUUCAUUAAAAUCCUUCAACUCUUCUCUGUCCCUUAUUUUAUGGAAGCUAAAUAAAAGGCCACUUACUAAUUAAUCAUUAAAUCCUGAUGUUCAUAAAAUAUAUUGGUUGCCUCAUGAUUGCAUAACAGGUGAAUAUAAUAAUUAACUUUAGUCCCCUGUUGUUGUUCUUCCCUAAAAUAGAUGAGCUCCUUAGAUGCUUACAGCUGUGAAAUCCUGUUUGAAACUAGAUCCCUUGUAGUUGAGCUUCCACACAGAGUACCAAGGAUUCUUGUGCUGCUACUAAGAGUUACAACAUACACAGCACCUCUCACCAGAUUAAUUUCAAUAUUAACUGUGUCAGCUGUCUCUCUAGACCUCAAACACUGUUCUAGGUUGCUGACAUCUUGUAAAUUUUUGGGGCACAGUUGCUUAGUUGCACUAAGUCUAGUUUCACUUACUUUAAUAAAGCCACUUUUAAAUUUAUUUCAUUAGUUAUGAGCAGAAUUGACAGUAAAAUGGAAUGUGACAUAUCCUAACUGUCACGCUGUAUAAAUAGUCGCUGCAUGACAGCAUCGAUACAGUAUGGUUCUUAUCCAAAUUAAAUUAUAAGUAUAUCUGAGACAGUCGUCUCUGUUAAUCUCAGACAUUUGAUUCUCUGUACCAAUAGAAGCUCAGUACCAAGAUAGCUUUAUGCCAAGCAUGAACCAUAGUAGAUUGGUGCCCAGUUACUCUGUGCCAAACGCAUACAUUAACAGCAAAAAUUAUUGUUACUUAUUGCUUAUGUAUGUAUGGAUGUAUGCAUGGAUGGAUGUUCUCAUGUUGGUAGAAAUUAUAAACAAUUGUGAAUGUAACUUUGCUAUGUAGGUAGUUAUAUUCACAUAGAAUGGGAAGUUGUAUGUGAAUGGGCAAUUUUGACUUUUAGUUAUGAGGGUAUUCAAGGAACUAACUCGAGCUGUUAUCUGAAUAUUUACUUAAUUGUUGAAGUUAGUCUUCACAAUACUAGAAUGCUGCUUACCAACUGCCGUCAUCAAAAUAAUCAUCAUCAUAGUCAUAUUUAGAAGAUGAUGGAAUUUUUGUUUGUAAAAUUGCACAUAUAUUCACAUUUCCAUGGUGAAUUUAUUAUUAGAAUGUGAAUGUAUUCAUGAGCUGAGAAACUUGCCCAAGGAGAUCACAGGUUGUAUACAUAGCAAUUCAUUUGACAGGAAGAUGAUGAAUGUCUUGUCAUUCUGUGACCGUUUCGUAACAGCUUUAUCUGGAUGUAUAAAAUUAUGUAUAGUAAUUACAUCUAUACUCAGAAACAUGUAUAUAUGUAUUUACUGCAUAUAUUACAUCAGUUAUAUAUAAUAUAAUAGAUAUAUUUAUAUAUAAUACUUACACAUAAACACACAAACAUUAAGAUAAAAUAAUGAUGUCAUAUUCUGAGCAACUAUACAUACAGGUCUGUGUGUAUGUACAUACAUACUUAUAUGUAUGUAUGCUCAUUUACACAAACACACACACACACACACACACACACACACACAAACCCACUUGAGUGUGAACAAGGAGGAAAAAAGCACUCAAUACUGCAAGUAAAGUAUUAUUUAGUAUAUUUACUGGAAGCUGCACCUUCACAAAUUAUUGAUUUUUAUGUUUCUGAUCUUUAAACAAUUGCUAUCUACGGACCAAAGGAAACGGUAUAUAUUUUACCUGUAGAAUGCAGGAAAUAUUUGAAUGUCAUAUAUGUUCUGGCUGGAUUCAGAAAAAGCGGUUUGAUUUCUUUAGUUAAUAAAAGUAACUGUUAGCUGAAAAUUCAUUCCAAGAAGAGAGAGUGAAGUUGGAUAACAAAAACAAACGGGUGUGUAUAAAGGCAUGAGUAUAAAUGAAAAUAUGAAUCGUAAGCUAGAAUUAAAAGUAUACACAAGAGAAAAAUGUAAAUUCAGAGCUAAAAUUAUGUGAAGUGUGCAAGGGAAAUAACUUAGAAAUUUAAAGGAAAGAAUUUUCAAGAAUUCUCCUGCAAGUGGAGAUUAGGAAAAUAUAACAUAGAUGGUAUUGAGAUCCAACAAUUUCCUACAAUUUUAAAAUUUUCAUGGUAUUAUUUAUUUGGGGGAUUGCACCAUGCACAUAAGUAGUUAUUACUCCAUUAUAAACCUCCCAAAUAUAUAAUACUAAAAUUGUUUAGAAACUAUUGAAGCUUCUUGCCCUCAUCUGCAUUUUCUAGAAAUUAUUCCUUAUUAAUAUUAAGUUGUUUUUUUUUCCUUUCAAUUUUUAAGUUGCUUGCAUCAUACAGUUUUAAUUUCUCUUUUCCCCUUCCUUCCUUUUUUACCAUAAAUUAUAAAUUAGCUCUUCCUAAAUAUGGUUCUUUAGGUCCUGCUAGACAAAAUAUAUCUUUUCAAACUAACAAUUGUGGAUUAAAUCAUGUCCAGAAAAUUCACCAUAGUCACUUUUGCUGUGGAAAAAUUUGCCAUAGGAAAUUUUGCCAUAAGAGAUGCAGAUAAUUAGACUGCAAACUAGAGAACUCAUUUUAAAGAAAUUACCUUUCUCUAAUUGGUAGGUUAGUUGAUGAAGUUGUCAUUUUAAGAAAACAGCUAUUUUUGUCUCAUUUUGCAAUUUUUUUCUUAUGGCAAAUUUUCCUACACCAAAAAUGUUUACAGCGAAGUUUCCUAUAACAAAAUGUUUUAUUAAGUCUAAAAUUUAUCUUUGAGUACUGUAUUCUUUACUCUAAAAAUGUUCCAGAGUUUGACAAGUUCAAAAACAAAACAUAACUUCUUUUUGAACUUGUCAUCCUCUGCACUAUCUUUAUUCAUAUAUAUUAAUAAUUCAUAAUUAUAGAUAUUCCCAGCAUUACAGAAACAUCAAGUUCCAGGAAAUCUUGCCAUAAUAAGGAAUUACAUUACCCAAAAUAGAAACAAGUUUCACGUUAUGGAAUUAUUCAAAAGCUUUCAGGAACGCAAUGUUUUUAUAAUGCAAGGAUGCUUAUAAUAUUUUCAAUUAUACAUCUGCAAUUCUACACACCUACUUAUUAUUUUCUGAAUAUAUAUAUAUAUUUACUUCACACCCGCCUUCCAUAAGCACUCCAGUUUCAUUUGCUAAUUAAUGAGAUCCUAACAUUUUUCUGCAUCCAAUCAAAAGCUUAUCGUCAUCAUCAUAACAUUAAACUAUUUAAAACCUGUUAUUAUUAAAUAUGUAUUUCAUCAUUUUCCUUUGUUUUGUUUAUGACGAAGCCUAAAAUAUUAGAAAUGAGAUACUUAGAAUAUUGAUUUGUGGAGUUUUGGCUUCCAGUAUACUAUAUGUAUAUAUAUGUAUAUGUAUGUAUAUAUAUAUAUGUAUGUAUAUAUCAUGUAAUAUGUUUCUAUGUAGACUCACACACACGUAUAAUUUGUCAAGGAAGAAUAUGACACAUUUAACAAUAACUUUCUAGAAUAAUACAAAUAUCCCCGAUCCAACUCUGCCCAUGUCUCUCUUUCCCCACCCCCAUGAAAAAAUAAGGAAAAAUAUUAAUUAUUUGCCAACUGUGGUGUUUUGAUUUUAUUCUCUUAAUCGUAUAAAAUUGAAGCCCAUCAUUUGCCAUGAAAUUUACAGAAUCGAGAGACAUAUGACCAACGCCUACCAAAGAAAUGAAUAUAUUAUUUUGUAAUUUUACGAAAUAUCAAAAAAAAAAAAAAAAAAAAGCAAAAAAAAAUGAAAUU